UUUUAUUUAUUUUUAAUAAAAUUAUAAUAAUAAGACUACAAAUAAGGUGUUCGAUGGAAUAAUGUUGAUUUUUUAAAAAUAAUUCGAUAAAAACUUGACCUAAAUAACGCUACGGAAACCGAACAAUAAUGCAAAGAUUCAAAGUCUACAAAGAUGUCGAAAACGAUAUUACCGACGGAAAGCCCUUACAGAGAUACAGAAAAAGGCAGGCCUUAGGAGAAAUAAAAAACACGAUCAUUACAAGAAGUAAAUAUUCAGAAAUAAAUGAAGGAUUCAAAAGGAUACGGAUAGAAGACGAAGUGAAGCAGGAAUCUCGGAGGACCACCUUGAGGAAAAAGGCAACUGGCAAGAGAGCAGAAAUCGAAGAUGAAACAAACAAGUCACCUCUAAUCAGAAGAAGACGAAGGCUUUCCAGUCUUUUUAGAGUCAGCGAAUACGCUAACGACAUCUACAAGUAUCUUCAAAGGAUAGAAGACAAGUAUCCAAUAAUGAACAGUGAAAAGAUGGAGAAUAUGGUCGGAGAGGACACGCGGUUCGCCCUGGUGGACUGCCUUGUCGAGAUCAACGAGCAUUUUAAAUUCGUUCACGAAACUCUGCAAUUAUCCGUGUCAAUAAUUGAUAGGUGCGUUCAAGAACAGGCCUCUCUGACUAGGAAGGGUUUGGAAUUGAUAGCUCUAGCUGCAGUCUUCAUUGCUUCGAAAUAUGAAGAACUGGUACCCAUUGAAAUAUCGGAUUUGCUGCAAGUAUGUGGUAGUCUGUCAUCAACUGAAGAAGUACUGCAAACGGAAAUGAAAAUAGUGACGGAAGUGCAGUGCAGCUUAGGUAGACCUGUCCCUGCUCACUUCGUUAGGAGGUAUUGCAAAGUAGCACAGGCGAACAGCGUACUACAGUCCUGUGCGUUUUACCUCACCGACGUAGCCCUCAUGUCGUAUAAGUUAUGUUACUUCAAACCUUCAAUCAUCGCAGCUACCUCACUAUUCAUCGCUCUUUGUGUUUCGAACGGAGCAGUCGAUCAGAGACUCUGGAAUCCAACUUUGAUCAAGUACUCAACUUACGAAAUAGAAGACUUAGAAGAUUGUGCAAAGGUGCUUGCCAAGUGUCUGAAGAGGACGAAGUCAUCGAGUUUCCGGGCCAUAGAGAAGAAGUAUUCAAAACCGAUGUUUUUCGAUGUCCCUCAUAAUCCCAAUUUGCAAACUGUCCUUGAGGCUCUUGCAAUGUAAUAUUUAACGUAGGAUCUUAGCUGACUAUAGAUGGCCGUAGCAAGUAGCAUUAAAGGAAGAAGAGUAACCCUUUAUUACCAUUUAUGGUAGGAAAUGCAUAGGAAAUAGGUAGUAAAUAAAGAGUAGAAUAUAGAAUACAAAGAUUUUACAUAAAGCUUUUAUUUUUGUUUACCAAAAGAAAGAUUUAUUUAUUUUUUCCAGUCUCUGGUUUAACGAUAUGAAUGAUAUUCAUGUCCUUCGGUAUAUCCGUUUAUGACAGACGAAUCCAUAGAAUAGCACGUAUUCUAUUUUGCUCAAUCCUUUCGUUUUUCAUUAAAAAAAAUAUUUGUACUUUUUAUAGGAACAUUUUAGAUUGUCAGUUAUGUAAAAAGAUAAAAGUCCGCAUUAUCCAUCCAAUUUCCUCAAUGCAUACCCUACAAAUUAUAUCGACAAAAUUCAAAUUACUACAGUACUAUACAAUCUUGGAUUUACUUUUGAAAAAAGAAUGACAUUGGGCCGCAUGUCAAAAAUGAAACGGAAAACUCUUAACGUUGACGUUCAAACGACUUGAACUAUUUCAGCCACUGUUUUCCAAAUCUUUAAAACUGAAACUGAAUGCAUAUAAAUCAUAACUAAAACUCACAUGAGCAUACUCCUUACAUAUAUUAACGUAUCACCAAAAGACUCACUACAACGACUCCAAACCUUUCAAGGAAAAUUGUCACAACUCAUAACGAAAGGUCUUUGUUACUUUACUAACAAAACUGUACAUGAUGACUCUUUACCAACUGCUUUAUAAAACUUUAAAC